ACGGGCUGAACUGCGUGACCGGGUGGCAUUUCAGCAGCCGGCAUCUCAACUGGACAAUCCUCUAGAGCUCGUCCCCAGUCUUCAUCAGCAUGGGGAUCAAAGCUGCUCUUCCCAAGUAUGAGAUCUACUCCUACAGCUCUGUGCUGGGUCUGGCUAUGUUCUGGGCCGCCAGCUGGAUCUUUGAAGUGUCCAGUUCCAACGUAAACAGAAAAACGUUUAAAACCAGUGUGAAGCCUGGAUACUUCGGAAGGAAAAUGGAUACUGCUGAUUUUGAGUGGAUGAUGUGGUUCUCCACCUACAGAGCACACAUCAUCUUUGCUCUGUCUGGACAUGUGCUGUUCACCAAGAUCUGCUCCAUGCUCGCUCCACAGCACAGGUCCUUGGUUUACAUGGUGUAUGGUGUUCUGGCUGUGUGGACCAGCAUGGGGUGGACCUACAUCACCCUCAUGCUGUCCCACUGCAUCCUGCUCUACAGCAUCUCCUUGGUGAAAAUUCCCUGGCUCUGCUACGUCACAGGUCUUUGUACCCUCGCCACGUUCAGAUGUGAACCCUUCGUGUCCUGGCAGGCAGGGUUUGUGGAGGGAGACUUUGAGCUGCGCCACGUUCUUUUCUACGGAGGCUGUGGGUUUACGAUCAUGCGCUGCAUGAGCUUUGCUUUGGAGAACUGUGAACGAAAAGAUGGCCACUACAACGUCCUCGAGCUUCUCAAGUACAACUUCUACCUCCCUUUCUUCUAUUUUGGGCCCAUCAUGACAUUUGACAAGUUUUACGCUCAGGCCAAUAAGUCCAACCUGACCCGAAAAGAAAGGGAGCUGUGGAAUAUCAGCCUGCAGGGCCUGGUCCAUUUGGGACUCAUCAUCGUAGUGGACGUCUUUUUCCACUUCAUGUACAUCCUCACCCUCCCGACUGACAUGAAGCUGCUGAAGCGCCUCUCUGACUGGGCUCUGGUUGGUCUGGCUUACUUUAACCUCGUCUAUGAUUGGGUCAAAGCAGCCGUCAUGUUUGGAGUCAUCAACACGGUGGCCAGGUUGGAUCACCUGGACCCCCCCAAACCACCAAAAUGCAUCACCAUGCUUUAUGUGUUUUCUGAAACGCAUUUUGACAGAGGAAUUAACGAGUGGCUGCUCAAGUAUGUUUAUAACUACCUGGGUGGAAAGCAUGAGAAUGUGUUGGAGGAGCUGGCGGCGACACUUUGCACCUACGGUGUCACCAUCCUCUGGUUGGGACCCUGCAAGGCGGUCCUGCUCUGGGCUUCCUUCAACUGUUUUGGGCUCAACUUUGAGCUGUGGACGGCCAAAUUCUUUUCCCUGGAGCCUUUUGCCUCUUCUGAGGUGGAAAUGUCAGAGGCGAUGUCCCGCCGCAUAAGAGCCAUCUUCAACACUUUCAACUUCUGGUGCAUUGUGUUGUACAACUCAGUGGCUUUGAACAGUUUGGACUUUGCCAAGCUGGUCGCCAAACGACUCCUCCUCAAAGGCUUCCCUGUAACCACCAUGGUCGUUCUGUUCGUGACCUACUGCCUGGUCCAAGUGAUCAAAGAGCGAGAGAGGAGACAGGCCCUCGCUGAUGAGCCCGAUCCUUUUCCUCCAAAUGCUGCAACCAGCCCGCCCACUUCUGCAGCUGCACCCGCCGCUGUGCAGCCAGACGCAGAAACCAACAAACAAAAAGCAGAGUAG